UUCUGAUAUCGAUAUAUCGCUCUAAGUUAUGGCUGAAGCUGGAGACAAAAUACCAACCCUUUCGGAGUUGUACCAAGAUUUAUGGACAACGUAUAUCUUCACAGAAAAUACAAAUGAUCCAACUUCAUCUCAGGACUAUCAAGUAAAACUCAGGCAUGGGAUACAGAGUGGAGAGAAAGCUAUACACAUGGUGAACCAACUACAUUUAUAUAGUGAUAAUGAGAAUAUAGAUGAAGUUGCCACAAAUGAAGUAAGAUACCUCCUUUUACCAGCUAUUUUGGGAUAUUUAUCAACACUUUUAAAUGUGAAGGAAAGAAUUGAAGUUGUAAAGAAAGGAAAGGAUUAUUUUACAGACUUCCUAAGGCUUUGUAAAUCAUACGAAGUAACUGAUGUUAACCUCCCACCAGACUCAACAGAGACAGGGCCUACAGGAAAAGGUCCUCCAGAUCUGAUUGCAAUGUCUAGACAAAGAGGGGAUAAGAUUAAAAAAUUCCAGGAACAAAAAGAACGAGCCAAAAAACUAAAGGAUUUAUCUGUAGAAGUAGAGAAAGAACAUGUGGACGAUGAGGUUAAGAGAGAUUAUUAUUUGACCUUAUGUCAACAUUGGGUGGAGAAGUCUUUAGAGGAAUUAGACAGCUUGAAUUGUGAAGUAACAAUGUUAAAAUUUAGAGAGCAAAGUAUACAGAAUGGACAUGAAGAACCUCCAAAACACAAAAAAGAUCCACAAAAGAAACAGGCAUUUAGACCAUUUAUCAUAACAAAGGACAUGAUACAAAAGAAAGUUUAUGGAGCAGGCUAUCCAAGUAGACCUGUUAUGACUGUGGAUGAAUUUUAUGAAGAAAGAGUAAGAGAUGGAACAUUCCAAGCACCUGGAAAUAGUCACAGUAUGCAGGAUUGGGCAAAUGACCCUGAAAGAGAUGCUCAGGCUAAAGAACAGGAGGACUCAGAAAAAGAGAAGAAAAUAGAAGAAGAUGAUGAGGAAACUUUACAAAAAGCUAGAGAUUGGGAUGAAUGGAAAGAUGAUCAUAGGAGAGGAUGGGGGAACAGAAAGAAUAUGGGAUGAACAAUCAUAAAUAGGCAUUAUAAAUUUAUUUUGAUAUGAUUUUGAGGCUUUAUUUGAACAGUAAUAAAAAAUAUUCUGAAGCUAUAGAAAAGUUUGUAAGUGCUGAAUAAUAUUAUUGUGAUAAUAUUUUCAAUAUGAUAAUAAAAUUUACAUCUGA